AUGGCCAAACGCAAGCGGAACAAUGCCCAUGCAUCGAUAUCCAUAAAAUCCAAAGGCCCAUUGACUCCACCACAAGACUCGUCAGCCACGAAUGGACCCUCCACCAUUAACGCGAUUACCUCACCCGAGGAAGUCGAAAUUGCCGUGGAGACGUUGCAAGCCCUGGCCGAGCACCCCUCUCUUAUCAAAUCAAAAGCAUGCAAAGACCUCAGGACAGCGGUAUAUGCCUUCAAGCAGGCAAGCACCACCGGAAUGAUAGCUGCGGAGGGCGGCAAUCUCACAGCACGGAUAUCCGCCGCGCUCACAGAUGGAAGAUAUCUCGACUCUCGGAUCCUGCUCGCAGAAAUGCGCAUCCGGAAAGAAACACCCUCACUAGGCGCCCUCUGCCGCUGGGUACGCACCCUGGACGUAAUCUCUGGCCUAUCCAUCCAUGUGCGAGUACCAGACCAGGACAUCGUAGGCACGAACUCGCACAAUGCCGAACUGAUCCAAGUUCUUGAUGCCAUCUUGCGCGUCACAGGUCCUACGGACACAACAUCCCACGGCCUCGACGCAUACCCAGGCUGUAUCUCCCUCCAGGAAACCUGGAACCUACGCAGUAGCACGGAGCCCACGCGUUACAUCCGCCACACUAUCGAAGACAAGUCCAUCUUCGCGUCCUGCGCACCAGAUCUCAAAACCAGAUUCCGCGCUAUAGAAACAACGCCCGGCCCACAGCGGAAGCCACCAAACCUUCACCCCGCCGUCCUCUUUGCCUCCCAGGACAACACAGUCCCUCUCGGCCCUCUUCCCAAAACUACAGUCCACAAGCACCCGCUGGUUCCGAAUCUCCGCCUCAUCUGCGAUGUCCUCACGCCCGCUGAGUGCGCUUCCAUUAUCGCCGCGGGCGAGACCAUGGAGUUCAUCCCGGACGCGCCGGUGCGGCCACAAGGCGAGGACACCAGCGUGCUUGCGCACAACUUCUACUGGAUUGUCGAUCAGGCGUUUCACGAUGCGCUGUGGGAAAGAGUGAAAGAUUUUGUGCCGAAGGAAAAAGAGGGGAAGACGGUGAGAGGAAUUAAUAGGAGGUUUAGGGUGUAUCGGUAUGUGCCGGGGGCGGAGUAUAGGUGUCAUAUCGACGGCGCAUGGCCCCCGUCCGGCAUCGACCCCGUUACAGACGCCUACCAAUAUGACGCCUCACCACGGGACGCAAAGCAAUCCUCACUGUACACCUUUCUCAUUUACCUCAACGACGACUUCAAAGGUGGCGAGACUACUUUCUUCAUCCCGAGCGUAAAAGAAGGCGUCUUGAAUGCCUACCCCGUUAAGCCCAUCAUGGGCAGCGUGGCCGUCUUCCCACACGGCGAGGCGCAGGAUGCUUUGCUGCACGAAGGGACGGGCGUUGUCGAGGGCGCAAAGUACGUUAUUAGGACGGAUGUCGAGUACGAUGUCGAACCUACAGUAUCUUGA